UCUUCAAAUGAGACCAUAAAGGGUUAUAUCUUCUGACCAACACAACCACAGACCUCCGUGCUCCCACAGUAUGGUCAUGUCCAGCAGUGUACACAACGAUCACAGCGGUCACAACCUGUCCUCAACCACAACCACGCGCGGUCACCACCCUGAUCAGAGCGGUGCGGUCGCCGUGGGCGGUUGUGGUCUCACUCCGGUCCUGGACUAUACGGCUGAGAUGGAGCGAUACCAAUCCUUCGCUAACUUCUACACUAAAACCAACGUGAAUAUGAACGCAGUUAACAGCACGAACUUCCCUCAGUCGGCCAAGCUUGCCCACAUCACCGCUCCUAUGUUCCCCGGCGGCAGGCUCGGAGUGGCGGGCGUGUCGCCGUGGGGUUGUCAUGACAACAUCAACAUGAAUAUGAACGUCAACGCGGCGAUGCUUUGGGGGCGGAAACCUCCCGUGCAUCAGGCCACGCCCCUAGCGCCGCCCGCAACACACCCGUCGCCCUCGACAACGCACAUGCAGCCCCACCGGACCGGUCAGGGUGGAGAGGGCAAGCAGCACGCAAGACAUGGAGGACACACCUCCUCACAGGGACAGGAAAUGCAUCAUCAUCACGGGAAUAACAACUUCCAGUCCGGCUAUGCUGCCGCCAAUCACAUGACCAAACAGGGCCAUGCCCACCAGGACAUGCUCAGCUUAUCGAAUCGCAGCAGCAGUGGCAACGGAGGAGGAGGCGGAGUCAACAUGUCCAACUUCCCUGCCGGAAUGUUGGGGUUACCACCCGGAGUCAUCGUCAUGGCGAUGGGGUCGCACAAUAACAUUUCGGACUCCUCCCACUUCCAGAUGACGACCAAUCAUAACCAACUUCUGUCGGACUGCCACCAUGUGAACCAGACAAACCCCUCACCCUGCUCUUCAACCUCGCCGGGGAUGACCUCUGGGGGUCAGGGGUCAGGAGCCUCCAAGAGGAAGAGGAAGCGGUGUGGAGUGUGUGCCCCCUGCAGAAGACUGAUUAACUGUGGGGUGUGUUCAGCCUGUAGAAACAGGAAGACAGGUCAUCAGAUCUGUAAGUUCAGGAAGUGUGACGAACUGAAGAAGAAGGCUGGGAGUAUACAGCUAGAGAGUCCUCCCUCGGUGCCCAGUGGAGAAGCUUUCAGAUGGUUCUUCUAGAUGUCAGACCACAAGCUCACUCCAAAUACCGUUCUGGCCAAUACCAGGGCGAACCAGGUACAAAACCAGGACGAACCAGGUCCCAUACCAGGACAAUACCAG